AUGACCAAAAUAGCAGACAUCGAAGCCGCCAACGCGCAGUACGCCGCCUCUUUCACAAAAGGCCACCUCCCUAUCCCUCCAAAACGCAAACUGGCCGUCGUCACCUGCAUGGACGCCCGCAUCGACGUCUUCUCCGCCCUCGGCCUCACCGAAGGCGACGCACACAUCAUCCGCAACGCAGGCGGACGAGCCAGCGAAGCCCUCCGCAGUUUGAUAAUUCCACAGCGGUUGCUUGGCACGGAGGAAGUGGUUGUCAUUCACCAUACGGAUUGCGGAAUGCUCACGUUCAGCGACGAGGAUAUCAGAGCGAAGAUACGGGAAGAGCUUGGCGAGGAUGCGUCGGAUAUCAAGUUCCUGCCGUUUAAGGACCUGGAGGAGAGCGUGAGGGAGGAUGUGAGGUUUCUGCGGGGGAGUAGGCUUGUUCAAGGGGGUGUGACGGGGUAUGUGUAUGAGGUGGAGAGGGGGAGGUUGGUUCGGUUGGAAGUUGAUUAA